AUGAUCAAAAACCGAAAUACCUUUUAUAUAAUUAUUUUAGUAGUUUCGUGCUGUUUUGUUUACUGUUCAGGGUCUCCAUCUAAUUCUCGUUGUAAGCUUAAACGUUACAUGCAUAAAGCAGUUCAAACGGAUUUCAACGGAUUACGCUGUUGGGAUGACGUUAAGAUAUUAUCUUGCUGGGGAUACUGUUUUUCUUACGAGAUUUCUCACUGGCAAUUCCCCUACAAAGUGUCUACUCACCCGGUUUGUGUGCACGGUGAGAGGAAGCAUGCGUCGGUCAAACUCCGUCAGUGCGACCCUGGCGUAGAGCCCGGCACAGAAAUUUAUCACUACGUUGAAGCUGCUAACUGCAAAUGUCAAGUAUGUUCUUCAGAAGAUACAAGCUGUGAAUGGCUACCACAAGAUUCUUCUCUUAUAGGUGGUUUAAUUAAAGAAGAAUCUGAUGAGAUUGAAUGAAUAAUAUCGAUGUACCUACUAACGUGUUUCUGCC